AUGGCUUUUGCCCAUCUUUCGUGGUGGUUGUCGGGUAAAAAACAUGGAAAACAAAUAUCAAAAGUUUAUUCUGUUAUAAAGGAACUGGAUGUUUUGAGAUUUCCGGAGGAAAUCUCGCCUUCGGGAAGGGUGAAGCAGAAAAGACAUGGUAGGGACGAGGGGAAAGUUGAUAAGGAAUGUGAUUUUGUCAUCGUUCCGUCUGACGGAGAAUGCAUUUCCGACGUUGAAUCUGUUGAUUCUGAUUGGUCUAUUGGCUGGUUGGAGCCUCACGGAAAGGGGUUUUCUCGUGAUGAUGAUGAAAGUAAUGAAUCAGAUAACAGUUUCGCUGUGCUUGUUCCUUGUUAUGGAAGCAACUAUGGUGCCAUGUUCGAGGAAGGUCCUAAAAACAACUUAUUAAACAAUGUUGGGUUCUUCUCAGAUGAGAGCAAGAAACAUGUGGAAAAUUGGAUAUCUUCACUUCCUAAUGCCUGA